AUGGCAUCCGAGGAUGAUAAACCACUGCCGGAAGUAGAUGAAGCGGGCCACAGUUCUCUUCGACAUUCUUUGCUCGGACCCUCGCUGCUCAAGGCUGGGCAGGACGGGGUCGAUCAAGAGAGGGUUGGGGAAAUCAUAUAUAACGCUUCGAGGGGAUCGAAAUUUUUCAAGCACGAGGAGAAGAGGGAUGAGCAGGCAUGUCUCUACCCUCCAGCGCUCUCCCGACCCUCCUAGCUGACUAGGCCCUGCCAUCAUAGCUCACGAAACGUAUCGAGAUAAUCCUGCGACGGAAAAAGCAUCUAGAGUCCUUGGACUUAUCCUCACAAAUAAGGCGGGUAGACGAAGAGGUGUGCUAACGGACCGGCUCCAAGUGCCUUACAAAUCCCGCCUCUGACUUGCGCAGAUUUCCGCUUUGGAGGCCUCGCGAGACCUCUCCCAGAUCAUUAUACAUGUCGACUGCGAUGCUUUCUAUGCAUCCGUCGAAGAACUUGAUCGGCCGGAGCUUAAAGAAGGUAGAUAGCCUCUCACCAUGUAGUGCCGUGCUGCGAGGCCUUGGACUGACGGGGCCUAGUCCCGAUGGCGGUAGGCGGUGGGGUCCUAACGACAUGUAACUACAAGGCUCGUGAAUUUGGCGUACGGAGCGGUAUGGCCGGGUAUAUUGCGAAGCGUAGGUACUAUCCUCCCAAAUCCUAUAAAGUUCCGUGUCCUGAUCAUUUUCAGAGCUUUGCCCGCAGCUGGUCUUCCUACCCUUGAGCUUUCACAAGUAUACCGCAAAGGCUAAACAAGUGCGCGAGGUUCUGGUUAAGUAUGACGGCAGGUAUGAAGCCGCGAGUGUGGAUGAGGCCUUUUUGAACGUUACUGGGGUACGUCUACCGGUAGUUACCGGCGCUUUUUCCUUCCGCCUUUAUAGUACAAUCAAUUCUCAACCACCAGCGCAGUAUCUGGAAGACCAUAAAGACAUGACCCCCGACCAGGUCGUCGAACAGAUCCGUCGCGAAGUUCUCGAAUACACCAAAAUUAGUGUCUCUGCUGGAAUUGCACCAAAUGCAAGGGUAUUUUUCCCCACCGCUCCCCGUUACGACGUUUUUACCAAAAAAAGAAGAAAAAAAUGAAAACAAGAACAAAAACUCUAAACCAGAAAACAUUGAUAGCUAGCAAAAGUCGCGUCAAACCAAAACAAGCCAAACGGCCAAUUUGUAACUACCCCCCCCCCUCUUCUACCCUCUGACCCUCUCUACACAAACCCAACUUACCAAACUAGCGCAUCCCCAGUGACCGCGAAGCGGUAAUGCAUUUCAUGCGCACCCUCCCCGUGCGCAAAGUCAACGGGGUCGGCCGCGUAUUCGAGCGCGAGCUCGACGCCGUGGGAGUAAAGACCUGGGGCGACGUCUUCGCUCUGCGUGGCAUCCUCAGCAAGCUCUUCAGCGAGAAGGCGUGGUCAUUCCUGCUGAAUUGCUAUCUGGGCCUCGGCAGAACCUACAUCCACCCGGUAGCUGAAUACGAGCGCAAGAGUCUGGGCACCGAGAGCACCUUCAGAGACCUCUCCGGCCCCGGGCCGCUACGCGAGAAACUCCACUCGACGGCGCGGGAGCUGGAGAAGGACCUGCUCACGGCGAACCUCGCCGGACGCACAAUUACUAUUAAAGUUAAGCUGCACACUUAUCAGGUGCACUCCCGCCAGAAGGCGCUGCAUCGCGCGAUCUCUUCCGCGGAGGAUUUGUAUAAUCAUGCAUUGCCUCUGCUGCAGGAGCUUGAGGCUGAGUUCCAGCCGUUGAAGAUCAGAUUGAUGGGUCUACGCGUGACACAGUUGUCCAGUGCGAGGAAGGGCACUGGGAAUAUUAACAACUUUUUCAGGAAGAACCAUCCCCAGUCGAUGAAGCGGAAACGCCCGGAUCAGGAACAUGAACGUGGGCAAGGAGGGGAAGGGGAAGAAAGCCCACCAGCAAAGCUCCAACGCCCCAACGCGCAAUUAGGUGACGGGGAAGCCGAAUGGGAAGUCUGGCCGGAAGAAUCACUCGACGGGCUGUUACCGAGCGGGCAUUUAUCCCAGGAAGUCCAGGAUGAGGAACAGCUCGCGAUAGAAGGGGCCAUCAAAGCUUCCUUAAACAUGUCCGCCAACCAUGCCCUACGAGACCCACCUCCACCACCGGAGAUGGCGGCUGGCGAGGAGAGGUGGGAGUGCCCGAUUUGCGCGAGGUCGUUGCCGGCCGAUGAUGCGGUUUUCAAUCAACAUGUGGACUUUUGUCUCUCGCGGAGGACCAUUCGUGAGAUUGUUCAGGAGUCUGCUGGCGUGACGGUGGUGAAGGAGUCCGAGAGAAGGAAGAAGGAUUCAAAGGCGCGGCCGGGGAAGCUAGGGCCUAGAUGUGGGGGGAUGGAUAGAUAUUUUCUCAAGCUUCAAUGA